CCUUUCUAGUUAAGUAGGUCGACCCCAGUUAAGCCUCAGUAGCGGUUAGCGUCUCUUCAGCUUGAGAGUAGAUUGUUUCCGGCUCGCGUAGGUCUGGGUCUGCCUCUGGUGGCUACACAGCCUCGGAGGCCAACCCGUUUACUUUACGGACGGGACAGAAAGCAGCGACUGCUACUACGGUGCUGGAGAUUGAACCCAAGGCCUCACUUAUACUAAGCAUGGAUUCUACCACUACAACUUCAACAACUACCACCACCACUGUUACCACCAAUACUACUACCACAAUUACAAGUGGCUUUAACCUGAAUCUAAGACCACUGACAUCCCCUGGGAUUAAUAACACUGAUCCAGUCAGUGUUUCUUCUGUACCUCUUACUUCAACUGUUAAUUCAAUAGUAACUCCAGUGAUGACAUAUGGUCAGCUGGAUGGUCUGAUAAACAAGUGGAGUCUUGAGCUAGAGGAUCAAGAAAAGUAUUUUCUUCGUCAGGCCACUCAAGUCAAUGCUUGGGACUGCACAUUGAUGGAGAAUGCUGAGGAGAUUUCUAUUUUACAUGGAGAAGUGGAAAAAGUGAAACUGGAUCAGAAAAGAUUGGAGCAAGAAUUAGAUUUUAUCCUGUCACAGCAGAGGGAACUAGAAGAUCUUUUGACUCCUUUAGAGAAGACUGUGAAGGACCAAAGUGAGUCUGUUUAUCUGCAGCAUGAAGAUAAGGAGUAUGAGAGGAUUUAUAAAUUAGCAGAAACUAUGGAUGCUCAGCUGAAACGAAUGUCCCAAGAUCUCAAGGACAUUACUGGUCACCUGAAUACAUUUGAAAAUCCUGCUGCCACUACUGAUCGGCUCCAGCAGAUCUGCAAAAUUCUGAAUGCUCAUCUGGACUCUCUGCAGUGGAUUAAUCAGAAUUCAGGCAUGAUGCAAAAGAAGGUAGAAGAGAUAACAAAGAUUUUUGAGGAUUUUCAAAGCAAGGAGCAGGAACGCAAUGUGAAGAUUACCUUUGACUAAAGGCCAUAUCGUUAGCAUACUGAUUUUGGAUUGUUUCCUAUAAAUUUUGAUGAUGUUGACGUGUUUACAGUUACUACUUAAUCUUUCAUUGCAAUAAAAUGUGCAUGCUCUUUAUGUGAAUACUCUGAUAUGAAGAAUUAUACUAUAGUAUUCUUCUCAGAAUUAAAUAAAACUUAUAUUAUCCCCCUUAUACAGGUAGCAACCUGUUAGAUAUUGAUUCUGUAUGUGUAAUACAUACCUUAUUCUCCUAGAAUUCACAUACUUCCGCCAACGCACAUCUUCCUUCUCUCUCCAACUAAAAUGUGGAGAGAUGUCUGCCCAAAAGUACAUGCCAACCAAUCUUUACUGUGUGCUAGUUAGAUUCAGCAUUAAGUAUGAUAUACUGUAAAGUCUCUCUCUUCAAUGGAACUUAAUGUCUAGUUUGAGAUAAGAUUAGUUUCCAUCUGUAAAAUGAAUGUAGACAAUACAAGGAAGUAUGUUAUGCAUUAUAAAUGUAUGUUAUUGAAAUUCAGAGAAGGGCCAAGUGUAUGGUGGCUUAUGCCUAUAAUCCCAGUGACUCAGGAGGCUGAGGCAAGAGGCUCCUAAGUUGCCUUGGCAAUUUAGCAAGACCCUGACUCAAAAUAAAAAUAACAAGGGCUUGGAGUAUAGCUCAGUAGUAGAGUGUCCCUGGGUUAAAAUAAAACUCCAGUACCACCACCACCAAUGAUAAUAAUAAAAAGAAAAAUUCAGAGAAGGAAGGAAUAGUUAGGAUGAAUUUGUGGUUUCAGUUGGAUUUUAUGUUUUGUUGGGUGUGUGUGUGUGGUGUGGUACUGGGAAUCCUACCCAGAUUCUCACACAUGCUGGGCAAGUGCUUUACCAAUGAACUAUACCGCAUAUUUGAACUAGGUUAUGUUUUAAAAGAGCAAGGUUCAGGCAAUUUAAUUAUUGUUUUAUUAUACACAUGUCCUGGUAUUUAUUUGAUUUUAGCAUAUGAUUUAUAGUUAUUGUUUUUUGUGUAUUUCUUUAUUUGCUUUUCAAGAAAAUGCCAUGUUCUUAGCUUUGGAACAUUCUAAUCUCUUGUAUUUCACUUAAAUCAUAAAUAAAUGUGAUGCUCUACUAAAUGAAAACACAACACUAAAAUAAAAUUAACCACUUAAAAGUUUUUAAGUUACUGGAGCUCAGCUGCCUAUAAUUACUGAGCUAAAUUUCUGUUGUCCUGUCUUCACAUGACCAUUCUGAGGGGUAUAUUACAGGAAGAAAAAUAUUUUGAAGUGAAUGUUAGUGAUAGUGAUUAUUAGUGAUUAGUCUUAUGGAUAUGCUAAAUGCUAGAACUUGCAUGGUGUCUCUUUCAUAUCCAAACUUUUCCAAGAAGCCACUUCUUACCCAGGUAAGUUUUUGUACCACUCAGAAUUAUAAAUGUAAAAGUAAUUCAGAGACUGUUUAUUUUGUGAAUGAUUUAUGUAGGUAAAUAUAACUUUUGAGUAGAAUCCUGAAUAAUAUCUAAUUUUUGAGUUCAUAUUAUUACUACUAUUAUCUCCUACAUAAAAGACAUUUACCACAUUGUUUAUGGAGAUUCAAUUCUUAUACAGUAACCACAAUAUAAGUUCUAUAUUCAGUAAAGAAAAAAUAGUGUUUUGAGAAGAAAAAUGGUUUUAGUCUUCUCUUUACCCAAUUAACUGGACAAAUAACUUUUUUGUGGGCAUUAUAUUUUGUCUAAAAUGCAUUGUCUCAUAUUGUAAUUUUUCCAACUGUUUUUUGAAAAUAAAAGUAGUUUUCAAUUCUCCAA